ACGUUAUGCCUGCUCCACUCACACUGGCAGCUGGAGAGAGGGAAGACGUAAUGGUUUGAUUCCCUAUGCGCUGGCAAUGGUCGUCGCUGUGACAUUACUCGGCAAAUUCCUCUAACGGGGGGAGAGAAAUGAAGGCGGGGGCGUCGUCCAUGUGGGCGUCAUGCUGCGGGCUGCUGAACGAGGUGAUGGGCACGGGAACGGUGCGGACACCGCAGCCGGGCUUCGGAGCAGGGGCGGGGCCCUUCCGCUUUGCCCCCAGCGCAGGGUACUCUACCUACCCCCCCACCAGCUCAGGGAGCGCCGGGCAGCUCUGCAAGGCCUGCGGGCUGGCCUUCUCCGUCUUCAGACGCAAGCACAUCUGCUGUGACUGUAAGAAGAGUUUCUGUGCCCUUUGCUCGGUGCUGCAGGAAAACCUGCGCUGCUGCACGACCUGCCACCUGCUGCGCGGCACGGCCUUCCAGCGGCCGCGCCUCAUGCAGCUGCGGGUCAAAGACCUGCGGCAGUACCUGCUGCUGCGCAACAUCCCCACCGACACGUGCAGGGAGAAGGAGGACCUGGUCGACCUGGUGCUCUGCCACCAGGGGACGCGGGAGACCCCGAGACCCGUGAUGGAAGAGGACGAGGAGGAAGAUGAGGACGACGACACGUGCGGCGAUGAGGAAGAGGAUGGGGGAGAAGACACAGACAGUCUCCACUCGCUCCCCCACUCGCGUGCGGCGUCGCCGCCCUCCGCAACGCGCUCCGCCUCCGAACUGUCGGUCCUGUCUGCCUCUCAGGGGGACGCGCUCAGCCCGAGUGACAGUUCAGGGACCCCCAGCCAGGAGCAUGAGGACACACCGACAGCUUCCCUUUUGAACCUGGAGCCUGCUGAAAACAUCUUAGAGGUCAGCCCGGCGACGCAGAGGAGGAUCAGGGCCUCGCUGUCUGAUCUCGACAACGAGGAGGCCAUAGAAAACCUCUCCGUCCGCCAGCUAAAAGAAAUCCUCGCCAGAAACUUUGUCAAUUAUUCCGGCUGCUGCGAGAAGUGGGAGCUGCUGGAUCGAGUUCAUCGGCUUUACAGGGAAAACGAGCAGAACAGGAAAUCCAUGGAAAACGUCAGCAUAACUGCAGUGGUUGCAUAUCCUCAACCUCUUUGCAACAGUGGAGUUGGAGAUGGAGUCCGAGCUCAGCUGGCGGCGGACGAAAACCUUUGUCGCAUCUGCAUGGACGCCAUCAUCGACUGCGUGUUGCUUGAAUGCGGCCACAUGGUGACCUGCACCAAAUGCGGAAAGAGGAUGAGCGAGUGCCCCAUCUGCAGGCAGUACGUGGUGCGGGCCGUGCAUGUCUUCAAGUCCUAAAACUGAUUUUUUUUUUUUUUUUCGUUGCGUCGGAGCGCGCGUGGCCCUGGAUUUAGCACGGAGGAGGAACCUGAUGCUGCAACAAUUGUGAAAGAAUUUUUUUUUUCCAGACUAGACUGUUGCCUCUGGCCUACAUUUCCCCCCUUCGUCCCACCUGUCCUCCGGCCGCGCCAGGUCUCCCACUCUGCACAGCAGACACCGACACGACUCUCUGCUUUAAAUCCUUACUUGUGGGAGGCAAGAGGAGGUGGUUCUGUGGACGCUUUGAGACGGUCUGUGGCGAUAGAUUUGAGAUCCCAGGGUUUUAGAGUUGAUAAGGUUUACACUGUCAUGCCACAUGGCACUGUAUGAUCUCCCUCAGUGUUCAUUAGGAUGUGCAAUAUCAGAGAAAAAGACUUUGUGCGUGUGUGUUAUUAGAAAAAAACAUCAGCCAUUUCAUCCAUCACACACAAGGGUGCGUGUAGGGUGCCAAACAACUUGCCUUCACAGGAUGUUUUGGUUAAGAUCUCACAGUAUGCAUCUCAUAACCAGCAAGUUUGGUUUAAUAGUUUACUUUUAAUCUUUUUCAGAUCCGCUUUAGAAAACAAAGUCUGGACACGUUUCCCUGGUAAUUCAUUCAUGACAAAAAAUAAAUAAAUCUGAAGUCAAACCCAACUUCACCUGGACCACGUCUCAGCCCCCUUAUUUGUUAAGAAAAUAUUUUUAAUAUCAAGCUUGCAACAAUUUGAGAGCUCUGCAUAGUUUAUGGUUGAUUUGGGAAAUAGAUGAAAGAAUUACCCUCUUAGUUUUGAUUAUGCUGUCAUCUACAGUGCCUUGCAAAAAUAUUCAUAUCCUUGAACCUUUUUUCUAGGUUUUUUUCCCCCCCAAUUUUAACCACAAACCUCAGCGUAUUUCAAUGGGAUUUUGUGUGAUUGGCCAACAACAAAGUAAGCACGUCAGUGGAAAGUGGGAAAAAGAAAUUAUCCAUAAUUUAAAUUUUCUUGUCCAUUCCUGAAGACCCAGCAGUGAAAAAUUAGAUCUUUAAGGAAGAAUAUUCCUGGUCAAAUGAGACCAAAAUAAAACAUUUUUGUGAGGAGGCUUAAAGUCGGCAGUGUAAGGGAAGCUGGGCCAAGUUGGCGUGAAGAUGGGCGGAGCUAAAUAGAGGAAGCUACUUAAAAAGCUACUAAAACCUGCAAACAAAUCAAGACUGGAGCAGCUUCACGCAGAACAACAACCCUGAACAUUCAGAUCAAAACCUUCUGUUAGUCUGACCUAAAACAAAGCCUUGAAAAUUAAUAUGAAAAAAACAUUUAAAAAAAACUUUUUAGUUGCUACUACUUUGUGUUGGUCUGUCACAAAAAAAAAAAAAUCUGUUUGUGGUUGUAAUGUAAUAAAAUGUGGAAAAAGUUCUAGGGCAUGAAAACUUUUGCAAAUCAUCUUAAAACCUUCACCAUCUCCUUCCACUAAUCGUGCUUCUUUAUGGUUCCAUCCUAGCUAAUCAGGUGCUACUUCCUCAUUUAUUACUGUUAGAUCAUUAACAUAAUUUUUGUCUUGUGGUCCUACAUUUUGCUACACAGAGGUAGCUGUAUUUACUUUAACCUGUUAUGCAAAUGAAACACCUUCAUGUCAAAAGAGGCAGUUAAAUCUGUUUUGAAGUACUUUGCAGCAAACUGAAUAGAUCUCAUACGUAGCUUCCGUAGUUCAUUGAUAAGUUAUGGAUGUUUUCUUGUAAGAAAUAUGAUUUUUUUUUAAACAAAAAAGAAAAACUCCACUGAGUAGAGAGGGUUGAGAAUUUUCCAGAAUGUUUUCUCACUGCGUCACCAUCUCUCUCUCUUUGUUUGGCGUGUUUCUGUCACCAGGUCCAAACAUCUGAAACUGUUGAACACCAUUUCCGCUGUACGGAGCACUGUAACUCUGUAGGUCCUGUUGUUGAAGCUGCUGUUUGUCGAAGAUGUCAUUCACGGGCAGCUACGGUGAUAUCAGACUGGGAGAGCACUCAUAUUCACAGAUAUUUAUAUUCUGAAUGUUGAACCUUUUUAUUUUGGUUAACAGGAGAUAAAAAAGGAUUUAUUAGAUUCAAUAAAAUGCAGUAUUACAAACCACAAGGUUUAAAGUCUGCUCUUCAUUUCCAUAUAGAGUCCAUUUAAUUAUCGGCGUUAAAUCAAACGUCAGUAUUAAAAAAAAAUUGGUGCACAAGUUUGAGUUGAUUAUUUAUGCCUGCUUUCAUUUAUGUCAAACAAAUGUUUAUGUCAUCAUCUUAAUAAAUACAAAAAUAGAGAAUAUGCUGCCCUCACCAACCCAGUCCUAUGUAAAAAAAAAUAAAACAAAUACAUGAAUAACUGUUCCCAAGUAAAUGUAUGACAUUCAACACAUGAUAUGUGAAACCUUUGAAAAAAAUUAAAAUUGAAGACCUCAUUGUUCAUAGUGAAUUUAAUAUCUCAAAGAUUUUCUAUAAGAUUUACAUGUAUGUUUUGAACAGAUAGACUGAUCUAAGGUAAUAUACAAAAAAUCUCACAGAGACAGUCUUUAAAAAAUGAAUCUUUAAAAGUAAUGUUGCUAAACUGUAAACAUGGACUGACAUUUUAUAAAAACAAAAAUCUUUCCACAAAAGGAGAACCAUUUAAAAAAAAAA